AUGCUGACAGUAAACUGGCCAACACUGGAAGGACUAAACAAAGAUCAAAGGUACAGAUAUUCAUAAUAUAGGAAGCAGAAUAUUUGUUACAGUUAGCUAACCAAACUUUGUCAGGAUGCAUGGACCCCGAAAAUGUUUGCUUUAUUGAACAAAAUUGAGUUUUUCAUGAAGUGUUAACGUUUUUGCGUUAACAUAAUGUGUGUUGAUUGAUAACAUUAUUCACGCUAGUUGGAGAAUUACAAAUGUGCUUAAAAGUUAUCAAGGAUAAAUUUACAAAAGUUUCAAAACCGUUAAAAACAAGCUAGAUAGUAAACUAGGAUCAUAACUAUAUGCAUGUCACUUUAUUUAGCGAAUAAACUGACAAGUCAGUUCUGAGUUACAUUAAGCCUACCAUACAACAGGUUGAGUACACGUAAGUAAUCACUUGAUCAUCCGAUUGUGCUUGACUUGGUUACAGUUCUCCCCUGUGCUUUAAGGGUUUAUCUACGACUUCGGGUAUUCCAUUUUUUCUUCCUUGCUAAAAUUAAUCCCUACGAUAUAACCAUAUGUAACAGAACUAAAUAUGUCGAGCGCUUUCCACAUGAGCACCUGGAUUGGAUGAUAGAGCAACCACUUAUCGUGCAACCACUUAAUUCCCAUGACAUUUGUAAAUUUUAAGUUCAUUCAUGGGAGAAACACAACAAUCAAAAACCCAACGAAAAACAAAAACAAAAUUUAGCGAAAUAGUUUCACAUUUUUAAAUUUCAUUAUAUGUGUAGAGUGUUUGGACAUCUGGUACUUAUUCCUUUUGUGGAAUGUCCAAGAAGUCCAGGUGGAAUCGAAGCCCAAGUGGCCAAAAACAAAGUGGAUAAUAAUUUGAAAAGAGCGUCUGGUGCACUAGGGAUGAUGGUGGGGCUAACCAUGUCUGUGGAACAACUUUGUCACACCCGCUCAAAAGAACUGCAGCUUGUUAUUGCAAGGGACAUUCCAAACAUGGAUGACAGAUGCAGAAAAAAUUAUUCGCUCUUGAUAAGUUUCGCCGAAAUGGUAAGUAUCCAUAUAUUUAACAAUUAUACCACGAGCUCGAGUCGUAUAUGAGCUGAAAGCCAACAAGGUGCGUAGCACCGAGUUGGCUAUCAGCCAUAUACGACGAGAGCGAAUGGUAUAAUUGUUUUAUAAUAUAGCCUAAUAGCCAUUAACUGAAGCAAUAAUUAACUAUCCUCUGUUACAAUGUCUUGACAAUUUGUUCAGCCAAAAACCGCUUGGCCUUGAAAAUUUGAAAUACUUUUGUUUUACAACUCGAAGACGAAGUGAAACAAAUGGUUUUAGAACUUGUAUAUCUCACAGAAAAGCUCAGAUAUAUUAUACAGAUGUUUGGUAGUAUAGUAAGUGCUUGUUGACUGUAAAUUCAUUUGUCUUUCGUUGCAAACUUUUCUGAACAAUUUAUAUUCUCAAUGAACAAUCAUGUUUUUUUCGCUGUUGUUUCGGUAUUAAUUAUUUAAAAAGCUUGUAUUUAAACUAAUUUCUAUGUAAUAAAUGUAUUUUGUUAACCUGUAAAAUUUUGUGGAGAGUGUUUCCUUGUACUAUUAUCUUUCUCAAAGCGAAUAUUUUCCUUUUUUCUGCUUCGCAAAACUCAUGUAGUUUUUGGACCGCCAUCUUGUUUUUCGCUACUCGCCAUAUAUGACAGGGUUGCCAGGUUUUCUGGGACAGAAAAAGCCAAACUGAAUAUCAAAAUAAGCCAAAAAGAGCCAAACUCUAAAUUAUGGCGAGGGGAUUGGGGAAGUCGUCUAUUUACACCGUUUUGGCUGACACAAUCACACAAAGAGUAGUAGACUACAAAUUUACAAUUUACACUCGAAAUGUUUUGCUAUUUAAUUUAUGAAACUACAAAUUUACUAGUUUAUGACUUUAUGUAACAUAUGAUAAGGCCUCAGUUUAUAUGUAGUGCAGAAAGUUUACAGUUUACAUUUAUUGUUGUUGACUUGUUACUCAAGUAACUCAACUUCGUCUUCGUCAUUCAAAGAAUCAGUUGCUUUCUUGUAAAUAUCUUUUGUAAAAAGUUCCAGCAUUCGUUUAGAUGGCUUCAAGUCCUUGCAGCACAUUUCUCUAAAAUACAGAUUUUUGCUGAUGUUUGACAACCUUGGGGUGAUAUUUGUUCGGCAUAGCGAGCAAUGCGCAUCGUCUGAUCCAUCCAUUGCUUUUUUAAUCCAGGGGUACUUUCUUGUCCAAUCCGACUUGAACUUACGCGAUGAAUCAUAAUGACUCUUCCACCGAUUUCCUCGAUUAGUCGCCGCCGCGCCGACGGCUUGCUCAAAAUCAUUUUCAAAGACGUUAAAAUAAAUCACCUUGAUUAUUUUAGUUGUUUACGAAUUAGUUGUUUACGAACUUAAAAUUAGUUUUUAGAAGGAUCAAAAAUUUUUCAUGGUUGUCGGACGUCUGCGAAGACAGUAGCAAAUAGCAACGAAGUGAGAACUUUGCUGUCAUUGGUUGGAAGUGAUCCUAUUAAAUAUUAAGCUUUGAAAUUUUUGAUAAUUAAGAAAAAUGAAGCUAUAUUUGAUUAAAUAAAUAUGAAUAUAUGAUUUUAACUCCAUUUUAUAAAAAGAAGCCAAAAUAAGCCAGAUAAUAAAGAUAAGCCAAACAAUAUUUUCCUAAGCCAAGCGCAAGAAAAAGAAGCCAAAAUCGUGAAAUCUGGCUUAAAAAGAGCCAAGUUGGCAACCCUGAUAUAUGAGCUGAUAUACGGCGAGUAAUUCAACCAAUCAGAAUGCAGAACAGCUCAUAUACGGUGAAUGACUAUAUUAUAAAAACAUAUAUAUUAAACAUAUUUUUUCCAACUAUGCCAACCAAAAACCUGUGCAUGGGCACAUCAGCACAUGCGCAUGCAAACACACAGCGUUCACCAUUACAUUUACAAUGUCAAUGCGUUGUUUCUAAAACAAUGCGGCUGACGUAACACUUUCAACUGAGUUUAUCAAAUUUUUUUUUAAUAAAUAGGUAUUUGAGAUGGCAGAUAUUGAUAUGCUAGGCCCAGAAAAAGCGUAUUCCUUUUUCAAAGACACUAUCGUCCCACAUAGCGUUCUCAAAUUCCAGGAAACGAGAGAUAACAUUCCAUCGUACUGUACAGAUGAUACAGGGGAACCCAUUAUCGUAAAUGUAAUCAUGAAAUGCAUAACAGAGUACGAGUUCUCAAAGGCACAGGUACGUGUUAUGCAAAGCUCAGCUUUUCGUGGGCACCUCUUGGUAUACAACGAUUUGCAUUGGAAAUUGUUGGUACAAAUUGCCUGGUGUAGCGUCACCUUAAACUGACAUAAACCAAAACUGAACAUUUUCAGACCAAUAAAAUUACAUUCAAAUUUGUUCCCUGUAGUGUAUGCGUAGUUCUAUUUACCUUCAAAAGCAUUAUAAGACAUUACUCCUCUAUAACAUCUACUUUUUAGAUGCUGACGUGCGUUAAUCCAAACAUCAUAUUUAAGCAAAACGACAGUGAGCCAAAAGUAAAAGGCGAAGCUGUAGCUCUAAAAUGGCUAUUUGCUUUAAUCAGUGACAACGGGAUGGCUCCACCAUCAGAAGGACAUGUAAGACAAGAAAUUCAUGCAUUAGAAAUUGGCAUUGCGAAGGACAAAAAACAAUUUUUCAAUAAAUAUGCAAACGGGAACAAAAUCAGUAGAAGUCUUGAUGGAGUUGAGGUUCAGUCGAAAAUGCGUGGUGAUAAAGCGUUCAGCGUUCUCUCAAGAAAGUUGGGAAAUAUUUUCAGAAG